AUGGCCCAGUCUGACUCUGCCACCGCCGCUGAGCCUGCCACCGCCGCAGCCGCGACGACGAGCGUCCCGCCCAAAAAGGCUGCUUCUGCGCCUGAAAAGAAGUACAAAUGCCAGUACUGCAACCGAGCCUUCAGUCGAAGCGAACAUAGGAGUCGACACGAGCGGUCGCACACCAAGGAGCGGCCCUUCAAAUGCCAGAAAUGUCGCAGCACCUUCGUCCGCCGAGAUCUGCUCCUCCGCCACGACCGAACCGUACAUGCGAAGGAUGGCGGUGUACCUCUGCAGUCUGAGGGAAGACAGAAGAAGUCAAGUACAACUACAGGUACCGAUAAAGGUGCAGGCGCAGGGACGAAAGCGGCGCUCUCAACGGCUGCUGCUCCGUCCAAGCCCUCCAUCACUAUCGACCCUGGCACGUUGGAGCAGAUAGAGGCAAGCAGCGAUGGUAUGCUCGACCUUGAAACUGCCGCCAUGUUGAUGACAGACUUCCAACACAAGGCGGCCGCAGCAGCGAACGGUCAUCUGAACAACGGCGAAGGCUCAAUACCCGGCUACUCCCCAGAUCGCAGCUCGCUCCUCGAAUCGUCCGACUAUCUCGGUGGCGCCAACAGCUUACCCCAUAUGCCUUGGGACAGCUUCAUGCCCCAGGGACCUUCGGAGCCCAAGGCGCAUUCCAUGUCCAGCAUGUCGUCGCAAGAUAACCUGUCACAGCCGCCGUUCGUCCACAUGGGAUCGAUACAACCCCAUCAAUCGCAGCUACCGCCCAUCAUGGAACGCACAAGCUCGCUCAGUGCUUCUCUACCCUCCGCUUUCCCUGGUCUGGCAGACACCUUUCCCGUCUCCGGCACCCCUACACCCAAUGCGCUCUCACCGUUUCCGUCCAUGACCGGUCCUGUCUCGCCAGUGAACUAUCGCAAGUCGCCUGGCCCAGCCCAGCCCCUUUCUUUACCCAAAGCUCCACAGUUUAACAACGAAGAUGAGAGAGCUAUGAUUGCUAAUCAACUAGGCGGAGACAUUUCCCUUCCCUCGUUGCCCACAGUCAAUCUCUACCUUACCACCUACUUCAACCUAUUCCACCACCAUCUACCCUUUCUUCACCCUGUCAGUUUCCGGCCCGAGACAACCGAACCGGCUCUUCUCCUUGCCAUCCUUUCUAUCGGCGCGCUGUACAACUUCGACCAGGAACAAGCAUAUCUGCUUCAUCACGGGUCUAAGAAGCUCGUAAACCAGUUCCUUCAGAACAAGGACAAUUUUGACUCGCGGAAAUGCCCACUUUGGACGAUGCAGAGCACGCUUCUCAACAUGGUUUUUGAAAGCUGGAGCGGUGGCUCUCAAGGCUUGGAGUGGGCAUGUUCUAUCAAAAGCCUGCUUGCGAACAUGGUCGCUGGUAACAAAUACGAGCUGAAGCUACGAGUUGAUGCCCGUUCUGGCACUCCACCAACCCAUCAAGAAUGGGUUACCGAAGAAGGAUGUAGAAGAACCUACUAUGCCGUCUACAUCUUCUUUGGCAUGUUGACCUUGACCUAUAAUCACACUCCAGCUAUCAGUUUCAAUGAGUUCGAUUCGUUGCUUCUACCUUCGUCAGAAUCAUUGUGGAACAUUGAACCGAGCGAUGAGGAUUCUUGGCAAGACAUUUUUGCAGCUUCGCCCACGAUCACUGUCAGGGAAGCGCACGACAGUCUAUUCCAGGGUGACGCCGCCAGGUACAGCGCGUUUGCAACUCGUGUGAUGAUCAAUGCACUCUUUUUGGAGGUGUGGAAUCUCAGGCGAAGCUUUGAAUCGUUGCAGGACGUUGUUCUUGAGUGGAAGAUUCGAAUCGCUUUGGAAACUUGGGAGAGAUCCCUUGAUCUUUGCGAACCGGAAACCAUCGUUGUCCCACUCAGCACUCCGCACAAGAGCCACCCGCUCAUUUUCAAUUCAAUGGCUGUGUAUCGAAACACCAGGGCUUUCCUCGAAGUGGACCUUAAGAAUGUCCAAGAAGCUUUGCGCUAUCACAACUCGUAUGAGAUCGCAGGAGCCAUGACAUUAUCCCGAGACGCGGUCAAAAGAACCAAGGAAAUGAUCAAGGUGAUUGAGCAAUGCUACGAGUGCAUGGAGAUUGUUGCGAUGCAGGGCAUCAACUGGGUGACAAAGACUUCUUCAACCAACUGGAGCAUCGAGCAUCCUCUUUGCGGCUUGGAUCUGAUCACCAUUCUGAGUCUAUGGCUCUAUCGCAUCGAGCACGACGAUCAAGAAGCUACGGAUGAAGAGCUUUCCAUGUACAUGAAAGUGCGGGGCCUGUUUGACGACGAUGCUGUCGAUUCAAACGGAUCACGCCUGAGCUCUACUGUUGCUAGAGUCUGGGGGUCUAUGUUGGAUGGUGUGGUUGUUUGGGGAAUCUCAAAAACCAUGGGCGAAUCAUUCAAGCUCCAUGCUCAAGCUCUCGUUGGAUAUGUCGAUGAGCUCCACCUGGAUCCGGUCACCGGCAUGCCACAAGUGUCAGACCAGCUGAUGGGCAUGGAAACAGCAUACUGA